AUGAUAAUAAUAACAACUUAAAAUAAUUAAUUAUCAGUUUUAGAUGCAUAUAGUACAGGGUAUUAAGCACCAGAAGCUGAUAUAUAAGAUGUAAUUUUAGACCCUUCUUCCAUAUUAGAUGCAAAUGGUGAUUUCUAAGCUAAGUUUUCAAGAUUAUUGGACACAAAAGACCCUUUAGACGAAGUACUGAAAGAAAAUGGCAAAUAUAAAUUGUGUUUUGCCUGGGGAUAAAGUAAAAGCUUAUCAAAACACAGUUCUUCUGACAGGAUUUCAUUUUAAAACGAUAUUAUUUUAGCAAAUGAUGCCGGAAAUUUAAAUGUUGUAAACAAUGAUGACAUGAUAAUAUUAGAAUUACAUAAAAUUAUACUUUUUUACGGUUGGGGUAUUUUAGUUGACAUAGGCAUUAUUUUCGCAAGAUAUUUUAAAACAUGGAAGCACUACAUUUUAGUCCAUACUUUAUGCUUUUUCGUAUUAGAUGUGCUCACAAUAAUCUUCGAAGCCUUAAUUUUAGAUUAGAAUAAAGACAAAUUAAGUGAUGGUGGAAAAAUACUAUAGGAAAAUGCUAAAAGUCACUACAUUAUAGGAGUAGGCGCUUUAUCUAAAUUAUUACAUGAAUAAUAUACUUAACAUUAAUGGAGUAUAGAAGGACCUUUAGGAACAGGUUUAAAUUUUUAAGAAAAUGAAGAAAAUAAAAAAUACGUAUUCUUUUGUGGAGGUACAGGGCUUUUUCCUUUUUUAGACCUAAUAGAUAUUUUGUUUAAAAAAAAUCUAUAAUAUGCACUCCCUUAAGAUUCUAAAUUAUUCGACCCUUUCAGUUGUGGAUAUUCUUAAUUUUUCAAAGGAUGUACUUUUUAGUUUUAUUGUGCUUUUUAAACUUUUGAAGAUUUCGUGGGACAUGAAUGGAUUCUUUAAACUUAUGAAAUUUCCUAAAAACUUUAAAAUAGACUUUUCGAUAUUUAAAUUAGGGUUAGUGCAGGGUAGGUUCCAGAAGGAUUUAAAUAAACUAAAGAGUAUUUUAAUAAAAAAUUUGUGGAGAAAAAUGUAAAGAAAAACGAAGUUGAUAAAGUUUUUAUUUGUGGAAAUCCUUAAAUGAAUAAUACUUUGUAUAAUGCUUUAAAUGAAUUAGGAUUUUCUAAAUUAUAAAUUGUUUUAGUUUGA